AGCUUAGCCGCGGUUGGAUACUUAGCCGUGGUGGUUGGUACUUAGCCGUGGUGGUUGGAUACUUAGCCGUGGUGGUUGGUUAACUUAGCUUAGCUUAGCCGUGGUCGUUGGCUAAUACCUUAGUUGAAUACUUAGCCGUGAUCGUUGAUACUUUAGUCGUGGUUGUUGGAUAUUUUAGCCAUGAUCGUUGAUACUUUAGCCGUGGUUGUUGGAUAUUUUAGCCGUGGUCGUUGGCUAAUACCUUAGUUGAAUACUUAGCCGUGAUCGUUGAUACUUUAGCCGUGGUCGUUGGCUAAUACCUUAGUUGAAUACUUAGCCGUGAUCGUUGAUACUUUAGCCGUGGUUGUUGGAUAUUUUAGCCGUGGUCGUUGAUACUUUAGUCGUGGUUGUUGGAUAUUUUAGCCGUGAUCGUUGAUACUUUAGCCGUGGUUGUUGGAUAUUUUAGCCGUGAUCGUUGAUACUUUAGCCGUGGUUGUUGGAUAUUUUAGCCGUGAUCGUUGAUACUUUAGCCGUGGUUGUUAGAUAUUUUAGCCGUGAUCGUUGAUACUUUAGCCGUGGUUGUUAGAUAUUUUAGACGUGAUCGUUGAUACUUUAGCCGUGGUUGUUGGAUAUUUUAGCCGUGGUGUUUGGAUUAGCCGUGGUCGUUGAUAUUUAGCCGUGGUCGUUGGCUAAUACCUUAGUUGAAUACUUAGCCGUGAUCGUUGAUACUUUAGCUGUCAUGGUUGGCUGAUACCUUAGUUGAUACUUUAGCCGUGGUUGGUGGAUAUUUUAUUUGGAGACAUUAGCCGUGGUUGGAUGCUUUGGCUAGGGUAGUAAGUAAAUUGUGUAAAUUCCUACAGUUUUGAAGCUGUCACUAGACUUCUUCUUCGAUUUUACUGGCGGGCUACAAACCAACGUUAAAGCUGCAUGCCGCGCCCUACUGUAUUGGAGUGUGUAACAUCAUGACUUUUACCAAAACUAACAAACGGGGGAAACAAACACCUCGGAGCACAGGCUUUGCAGAUGUAUUGCUUACACCUGAAGCACACUAUGUUUGCACACUUUGUCCGUUUUCUACGUGGGCACAAGAGCCAUGCAAUGUCUAUGGAACUGCAUUUUGUUAUAUCCAGGCGGGGAGUGUUUGCUGUCUUGCUUUCACUAACCCCGGUAAUUAUCAGAUGUUUUGGUUUGUUUUUGUCCAAGUUAAGUAUUGCCUCAUGCGUGGUUGGACACUAGUGAAGUGACCUUCUUUACGACCGCCAGAAACCGCUCAUCGCCUGAGAGAAGCAGCUCAUACCGGCACCUGAGUGAUUUUAACCCCGCAUAGUUUCAUCCCACAAAGGUAUUGUGUGGGGCGAGGACACCUUGUUGGAGUACCUGGAGAACCCCAAGAAGUACAUUCCUGGAACCAAAAUUAUCUUUGCUGGCAUCAAGAAGAAGGGAGAGCGGCAGGACCUCAUUGAAUUCCUUAAAUCGGCAACAUCAUGAGCUAGUCAUAAAAAUCUGAAUAUUUAAUGCCAUUUUAUUGUUUUUGUUUAUUCUUAGGCUUGCACAUGCUAAAUAUAUGCAAGCCACAUCUGCAUUAGAUCCUCUGAGGCUUUGGGAGGUGCACAACUGGUUCGAGUCACGCAGGCUGGUUGCUUUUAGACUGCAGGACUUUAUAUUUAAUUGGAACCGAGUGGCUUUAUUCAGCUGCACGACAUGGAGGUUAAAAAACCUACAUUCAUCGUGACAGAACACCCUAACUGGUAUUCAAAACUUAAGUAUAAAGAUGUGUUUAACUGUGAAAGCACACAAGAAUUGUUCAACACAGUGGCGGAUCUUAUGGUGUGCAAGCAAGACGAACUAUCUGAAAGAGAGAAAAGGUAUAAACCGAAAAACAUAUACAAGAGUAUCAGGGACAUGGUGCUCCAGGACGCCGAAGCUAUACAGCAGAAACCUUCAGUCUUGCUGUUGCGUGCGCUUAUGGACCUAGUGGACAUUCAAGGUGGGAACGACUUUGACUCUAUUGCAAGUGUAGACAAGGCUGGUAUCAAACACUUGCUGCUGGGAUGCGGUAAAUACACGGCCUUCUAUAUACCGAAUAAGGAGCUGGUUAGCCCCAAUGGUAAGAAGGUCAUUCCUGUGGUCACACAGUACUCUGAAACACACAAUCUCAUUUUCUAUGACAGCAGCAGAUCCAUGAUCGGAACCUACAUCGUAGAAAUGCCGAAAACCGGGAAAGCUAAUGGGAACUCGUACUUCUUGCAAGAGGUACUGUUUGUCCCGGGACUCGAGAGUCUCGAGUUGCUGAAAGGGGUCACGGGUAACAAGUUCGAAUUCUGGGACAUGGCCCUAGAGGUGCCCACGCACUUAACAGCUCUUAUUCCUUGCUUUCAAGAAAUCCAACCUUCCCAGCUACUGCGCACCGAAGACAAGAACCCGUGCACCCAGAGCAACAAUGAAGCCGUGGUCUCUCACAUGGACGAGAUACACCCCAUGUGCUGCGUGGUAGAGACGGCCGAAAUGUUGAAGAAUAAACGCGAGGGCAGCGUGGAUUGUCUCACCGAAACCCAAGUAAGAUGUGAUUUGACGCACUUCCACUACACGAACAGUGGCACUCGUACUGUUUAUUAUAGAAGGAACGGAAAGUCACUGGAUGGCAAGAAGGUGAACCUGGUCCCGGUUGCCACCCUGAGAGAGGGACAGGUUGAGAAACCUGAGCUGUACGUGUCUACCACGGUGAGGUUUUGCAGGGCCGUCAAACAGUGUUUUGUCAAGGGAUAUGGGGAACUAGCAAGCAGUUGUUGUGCCACAAUACAGGAAUUGAACAGGAAGACUUUUAUAGUCGGACCCCUGAUGUAUCAGGUGAUACUCAAUUCGGCAUUGACAGCCUUCAUCAAGUGUGUUAAUCCAAACAGCUGGUGCAAUUUUAUACCCAGGCACAUUGAGACCAUGAUUAAGGAUCCUGUCAUGGUCGAAGUUGUGGAAUUGGCCAUUAAAUUCAUGGGCAGCAAGAUCCCCAAUGCGUUCGCAGUGGCCGAGCUGCUAUAUUGUCCCAUUGAGAACGUGAGAGAAUACCUGAGGUUUUGGAACAUGUACGCCUCUGACAGCGCCAUUCACACGGCUGUGAAGAAGAAGCAUAUCAGUAUUGUUGAGGAGCAGAUGACAAAGGACUGGGCUGAUUUGGCCCAAAUUGCCUCCAGUUACGGUCAAAGGAGAUACAACGGCGACGCCAAAAUGGUCUCAGCGUGCAAAGCGUUGUACACUGAUCAGACCCUGGACAACGCAGCCAAAGCCAGUGAGAUGUGGCAUGCCCUGAUCAAACAUGAUACAAGCCAGAUUAAGGACAAGAAUUUGGUACAGAUGUAUGCCAACGCUAAGGUGCUCUUUUUAAAACUCCACGCUCAUCACAACAAAGUGAAGAAAGGGCUGAAGCUAAGAGUAGGAGAGCACGGUGAUCCACAGAGUGGACCGUAUUCCUCAAGCUCUACGUCCUCACGCUCUACCGCAGCAGAUGAUGCCGAUGUGUCUUCUAAGUGUCCAGCUGAGGUCGAGGAGUGCAACAAGGACCGUGCUAUGACCGGAAUCAGUGAGAGAGGUGACAGUCUGUACUCUAUCGUGAUACCAGAAUCCGUUCCGAUUUCGACGUGGAUAAAGAACAUGUCAACUCUGCUGAUGAGCGAACCCUGGCUGAACAAUGAGCCUCUGAGGAGAGAAGCUGUUUGCACGCUCCUCGCAUUAGAUAACACUCUCCUGGAUAGUAGACACAGCGACAUCCUUCAAGAUUGGGUCAUUAACAACCAAACCGUUGUCAAUGUGCUCCAUAUGUAUGGGUUGCAGGAUAGACUCAGUAAAGCUCUCGUGGAUUGCUUAGCGUCUAUGUCCACAGUGAACUGGAAACGCAAGAUACUGAUGUCUUUCCACGGUACCCCAGUUCAAUCCAUGGGGCAUUCGGACCAGCUUGUAACUAAGCUGUACAACAAGAGGAACCCUAGCGCCCAAUGCAAUAAAAGCGGUUUGCAUGACAAAAGACGUGGACCUGAGAAACAAGCACCUUUGCAACACCCAAAAGUGGUGAAGCAAGAUCGCACGUCUUCUAAGUCAAAUAAGCAUUCAACCUCUAAGUCAUCCGGGUCCAAGAGCGACAAGAAGGCUCGCAAUUCACAAGCACACAGCUCGCGCACCAGGUACGAGGACCAGCACCCUUGGCUGUGCAAGGCUGUGGAAGUGACCAGCGGGGAGGAAGAGUGUGAUGAGGAGGAUGAAGAUGAGAUCCCCGGUGAGGAUUUGGAGGCUACGAUGGGUUGCGACAACAGCGAGAGUCCUGACGAAUACGAAUACAGCGACGAGUUCAUAGACGUCAGACCUACAGAGAAGGAAUGCAGCAGUGAAGGGGAGGAGGAGGACGUGGAGGCGUUCUCGCGCGCAGAGUUAAAAGGAGGGCGAAAAAGGCUAAGUGUAAGAGGAAGAAUGUUAAUCGAAAGUAUAAGCGUGUGUCACAUUCAGAGUCCAAAGAAGACUACUGCCCCGAGCCUGGCUGUAGUGGUGAUAUAA